CUGAUUUAUUGUUGCCCUCAAAAUCUUUAAAUCCUUGUUCCCUAAAAGGUAGGUGGUGGCCGCUUACCUUCCUUUUGUCAUAUUGUUUUGACAAAAAGGUGAUACAAUGAUGAAGAUAAAAUCACCCUUUUAAACACACUAAGCACACUACUAAAUUAUAUCAUUUGUAAAACCUCUCUUGGUUACUUACUCUCUUUUGUUUAUGUUGAUGAUCAUUAUGAUAAUGCUCAUGUGGUUCUUAUAAAAAAAAAAAUCUUUUCAGAAGUUACUUUUUUACAUUUUUUUGGUUAUGAAGACCAUAAUGGCAGCCAAGUCAUCACAUGACUCUUCUUUCUCCUUCUCUAGAAGGUAUUUCCAUUGGAAAAAGAAGGCUUUGGAUGAAGAUGAUGAGGAAGUAAUACUCAAUAUAAGUUCAUCAUCACACUUUCCUGAGGAUGAUGAUGAUGAUGGUGGUGAGAAAGAAGAGGAUCAUCAUCAUCGACAUCAUCAUAAUCAUUUAAGAAUCCAAAUGCCAUUAGAAAUUGCUGCUCUUGAAAAGAAGAAGAAUUCAAAAUCAAAGUUCAAGUCAGCACUAACAAUUCUCACAAAGAACCGUUCACUUCACAGUUCUAGUGGCACACGUAUGGUGGGCACCCUUUUCGGAUACCGUCGUGGACAUGUCCAUUUUGCUUUCCAAGAUGACUCAAAGUUGAGCCCUACAUUCUUAAUUGAGCUAGCAACACCAACAAGUGUUUUGGUUAGAGAAAUGGCUUCUGGAGUGGUGAGGAUUGCAUUGGAGUGUGAGAAGAAAGGAGGAGGGAGAAAGAGUUUGAAGUUGCUUGAGGAACCAAUUUGGAGGUCUUAUUGUAAUGGAAGAAAAUGUGGUUAUGCUUAUAGGCAUGAAUGUGGAUCAGAGGAAUGGAAGAUAUUGAAAGCUGUGGAACCUAUUUCAAUGGGUGCUGGUGUGUUGCCAAUGCCAAGUAGUGGGAAUGGAGGUGAGUUUGAAGGUGAGCUCAUGUAUAUGAGAGCUAAGUAUGAGAGGGUUAUUGGGUCUAAAGAUUCUGAAGCUUUCUACAUGAUGAACCAUGUUGGUAGUGGUGGUCCUGAACUCAGCCUUUACUUGCUUAGAGUUUAACAUAGGCAAUGUAUAUGUAUUGGCGUCGACAACCAGCAUACUCCCUCUGGUCAUAUUUAUAAGAAAUAUUUAGGUCAACAAAAUGUGAUGUAUCUGACUAAGAAUUUGGACCAAAUACAUCAACUUUUGUUGACCAAAAUGUCUCUUAUAAAUAGGACUGAAGGAAGUAUUAUUUUGUCGUAUCUCUAUGACAUGGAUCAAGUACGUUGUUGUAUGUGUUUGUGUCUCUAUAUGUAGGUUUAUGUAAUUUUGAUAAGUGUGUUUUGCAUUCAUGUGUAAAGAAGAUGCAGAGACCAUAAUUUUAAGUUAUGGCUGCAGUUACGCUUUGAACUUUUAUAUUACGGUAAAAUACGAACAAAUACUGUCAUAGUUGCUGUGACUUCAGUUACGAUAUUGCAAAAACCUCCAAAUUUGGGGAUGCAAAUCGGAGUUGCAUAAUGCAAGACAUAUGUAAGAGUA